AUGAUGAAGUGUCCAGUGGCUGUCAAGGAACACGACUUCAAAAAGUGCGCCCAGGCUGGGUUCUGCAAACGAAACCGUGACUAUGCGGAUAAAGCGGCUUCCCAGAGCUCGACGUGGACCUCUCCCUAUCAGGUCACCCUCGGCUCGCCUUCUCUGAAAGACGGCCAGAUCCAGGCUGUCAUCCUCAAAUCGAUCAAUGCCGCGGGCGAAAAGGUCCGACUGCCGGUUACAAUCUCGUUCCUCCAAUCGGGUGUUGCUCGUGUCACCAUUGACGAGGAGAGACGCCAGAACAAGGAUAUUGAGCUGAGGCACGGCAGCGUCGCAAGAAAAGAGCGCUACAAUGAGGCCGCUAAAUGGUCCAUUGUUGGCGGCCUGGAACCGGAUCUGAAGGCCGAAAUUGUCCACCAGGAUGACUCCCAGAUCAAUGUCCAGUACGGCCCUGAGGGCAAAUUUGAGGCCGUCAUCAAGUUGUCGCCCUUUGCCAUCGAUUUCAGGAGAGACGGUGCUUCUCACAUCAAAUUCAACGAGCGUGGCCUGUUCAACUUCGAGCACUGGAGACCAAAGAUCGAAAGGCCCGAGGGAGAGGAGAACCCUGAAGAAGAUGAAGGCACUUGGUGGGAUGAAACCUUCGGUGGAAGUACAGAUACCAAGCCUCGUGGCCCUGAAAGUGUCGCCCUGGAUAUUUCGUUCCAUGGAUACGAGCAUGUCUACGGUAUCCCUGAGCACACUGGACCUCUCUCUUUGAAGCAGACCCGAGGCGGCGAGGGCAACUACGAUGAGCCGUAUCGCAUGUAUAAUGCCGACGUCUUUGAGUACAUUCUCGAUAGCCCUAUGACUCUUUACGGAUCAAUCCCCUUCAUGCAAGCUCACCGCAAAGAUUCCUCAGUUGGUCUCUUGUGGCUCAAUGCUGCUGAUACUUGGGUUGAUAUCAUCAAGACCAAGGGUAGCAGCAACCCUCUCAGUCUGAAUGCCGAAGCCCCAGGCAGUACUCAAACUCACUGGAUCUCUGAGGCUGGUAUUCUUGACACCUUUGUCUUCUUGGGCCCUACUCCUCAAGACAUCUCCAAGAAGUAUGGCGAGCUGACCGGAACUACCGCUAUGCCUCAAGAAUUUGCCCUCGGAUAUCACCAGUGCCGAUGGAACUAUAUUUCCGAAGAUGACGUCAAGGACGUGGACCGCCGAUUUGACAAGUGGCAGAUCCCCUACGAUGUCAUCUGGCUGGAUAUCGAGUACACUGAUGAGAUCAAGUACUUUACCUUUGAUCCUCAUUCGUUCACUGACCCCAUUAGCAUUGGCAAGCAGCUGGACAGCCAUGGCAGAAAACUUGUGGUCAUUAUCGAUCCCCACAUCAAGAGAGUCGACAACUACCCGAUUAAUGAGCAACUCCAAUCUUUGGAUCUUGCCGUUCACGACAAGGACGGCAAAAUCUAUGAGGGCGACUGCUGGCCCGGCCUCUCAAACUGGAUUGACUGCUUCAACCCCAAGGCUCGCGAAUGGUGGAAGACUCUACACAAGUACGAGAACUUCAAUGGUACGAUGGAGAAUACUUUCAUCUGGAACGAUAUGAAUGAGCCCUCAGUCUUCCAUGGCCCUGAGACUACCAUGCCCAAGGACAACCUUCACUUUGAUGAUUGGGAGCACCGAGAUGUUCACAACCUGAACGGAAUGACCUACCACCACUCUACCUUUGAAGCUCUCAAGAGCCGUAAGAAGGGCGAGUUCAGACGCCCCUUUGUGCUUACUCGCGCUUUCUUCUCUGGCUCUCAGCGCUUCGGCGCCAUGUGGACGGGCGAUAAUCUGGCGGACUGGGGCCACCUCCAGACCUCUAUUACCAUGCUUAUAAACCAGGGCAUUUCUGGAUUUCCAUUUUCCGGUGCUGAUGUCGCUGGCUUCUUUGGAGAUCCCGAAAGCGAAUUGAUUACUCGUUGGUACCAGACGGCUGCGUUCUACCCAUUCUUCCGAGCCCACGCUCACAUCGACACUCGUCGCCGUGAGCCAUACCUGCUGGGUGAUCCAUACACUGCCAUUGCGACUGCAGCGUUGCGACUCCGAUACUCACUCCUUCCCUCAUGGUAUACUACUUUCUUCUACGCAAAUCGCGAUGGCAGUCCUAUUCUCCGCCCAAUGUUUUGGACGCAUCCUUCUUCGGAGGGAGGCCUGGCAAUUGAUGACCAAUUCUUCCUGGGAUCUACUGGUCUGCUCGUCAAGCCGAUUGCAGAGAAAGACAAGUACUCCGCCGACAUCUGGAUCCCCGACGAUGAGGUUUACUAUGAUUACUUUACGUACAAGACGGUGAAGACGCAAGAGGGCAAGCACGUCACUCUUGACGCUCCAAUUGAUCGCAUACCAAUGUUGAUCCGAGGAGGUCACGUCAUCACGCGCCGUGAUAUUCCCCGUCGCUCAAGCGCUCUCAUGCGUUUCGACGACUACACUCUAGUAAUCUCCGUUUCCAAGAAUGGCGAGGCUGAGGGAGAGCUGUACGUCGAUGAUGGUGAUAGCUACGAUUAUCUGGACGGACAAUACAUCUACCGGAAGUUCACCCUGACGCCCAAUGUCCUCUCUUCGACCGAUGCUGAGGGACGCGACACAAGGAAGAUCAAGCCCGGCAAGUGGCUCAAGGCUAUGCGAGAUGUCCAUGUGCAAAAGAUCAUCAUUGUCGGUGGCACUCCUGAUGUGUGGAAUCGACAGGAGGUGCAAGUCCAAUCAGAAGGACGCACCUGGUCUGCCAACGUGGACUACCACGCUGCCGACGGAGCUUAUUACGCAGUCAUCAACCGCGUGGGAGUUCGCGUUGGAGAAAACUGGAGCAUCAAGCUCGAUUAA